AUGGCCGCUGCAGACGUUCGCUUCCGAUUGAACACCGGGGCGGAGAUCCCCGCGCUCGGCUUGGGUACAUGGCAAUCUGCCCCCGGCGAGGUGGCUCGCGCCGUCUACCACGCCAUCAAGGUCGGAUACCGCCACAUUGACGGCGCCAUGUGCUACGGCAAUGAGAACGAGGUCGGUCAGGGUAUCAAGCAGGCUAUCGACGAAGGCAUUGUCACUCGCGAGGACCUCUUCGUCACCACAAAGCUGUGGUGUACCUAUCACACUCGCGUUCAGGAAGGAUUGGACGAGUCGCUCAAGAACCUUGGUCUUGACUAUGUGGACCUGUAUUUGAUGCAUUGGCCAUUGGCCAUGAAUCCCAAUGGAAACCACCCCAUGUUUCCCAAACUCGAGGAUGGUUCGCGUGACGUUCUCCACGACCACAGCCACGUCACCACCUGGAAAAGCAUGGAGAAGCUCGUCCCCUCCAGUAAGGUCCGCGCCAUUGGUGUCUCCAACUACAGCGUCAAGUACCUCGAGGAACUCCUUCCCCAAGCCUCUGUCGUCCCCGCCGCCAACCAGAUCGAGAACCAUCCUUCCUUGCCCCAGCAAGACAUCGUCGACUUCUGCAAAGACAAGGGCAUUCACAUUACCGCCUACAGCCCCCUCGGUAGCACUGGCAACGUCUUAUUCAAGGCUAAGCCCAUUGUCGAGGUCUCCGAGAAGCGUGGUGUCUCUCCUGCUUCUGUCUUGCUCAGCUGGCACAUCGCCCGAGGAUCGUCCGUCCUCGCCAAAUCCGUCAACCCAGAUCGCAUCGAAGCCAACCGCAAGGAUCUGAUCCGCCUUGACGACGACGACAUGGCCACCAUCCAAAAGUACAUUGAUGAGCUGGCUGCCACCAACUCCUUCCAGCGCCUUGUUUUCCCUGCCUUUGGCAAGACUUUUGGAUUCCCCGACAAAGAGUAG